CAAAACCAAUGAUACCAAACGACGUCAAAAAAAUUCUUCCAAGUUUUACCAGGAUCCAAACAGGCCUUAAGUCCACUUAAGCUUGCUUUGGUUGUUUGGUUCAACGUACACAAGGUGAAGAUUAUGUGGACGAUCGGGUUGUAUAUUCUAGUUGCAGUUCUGGUCAUUUUCAUUAGCCAGUACUGGAGGAAUAAUGCAAGAUACAGCAAUGGAGUUGUUCUCCCUCCAGGUUCCAUGGGCUUACCUUUCAUUGGUGAGACUCUUCAUCUCAUCUUUCCCAGUUAUUCUCUUGAUCUCCACCCAUUCAUAAAGAAGAGAAUUCAAAGAUAUGGACCUAUAUUUCGAACAAAUUUGGCAGGUCGGCCAGUGGUGAUAUCAGUUGAUCCAGAGUUCAACAACUAUGUUUUCGCUGAAGAAGGAAGAACAGUUGAACUUUACUACAUGGACACAUUUUCCAACAUCUUUAAGCAUGAAGGUGAAAGUCGAACCAAUGCACAUGGUAGUCUCCACAAGUACAUCAGAGGCAUAUUUCUUACUCAUUUUGGUGCUCAGAGUCUGAAGAAUAAAUUGAUCCCUCUGAUUGAACAAUUCGUGGACACAAAUCUUCGUGCAUGGUCAAAUCAAUCAUCUAUUGAAGUCAAACAUGAAGCUUCUGCGAUGGUCCUAAACUUUUGUGCGAAGCAAAUAUUCGGUCAUGAUCCAGAAAAAUCAUCAGAAGACUUAAGUGAAAUGUAUAGCAGAAUACUAGACGGUCUAAUGUCUUUCCCCUUGAACAUUCCUGGUACAGCAUAUCAUAGAUGUUCCAAGAGCCACGAAAAAGCAACAAACAUGUUGAGGAAUAUGCUAAAGGAUAAAGUCAAUAAUUCAGCAGAGCAGAAAAGUGGAGGAGAUUUAGUCGAUCAGAUGAUCAGAGACAUGGAUAAAGAAAAGUAUUUGUCAGAGGAACUGGUUGUCCAGAUGCUCUAUUCGGCAUUAUUUGCUACAUUUGAGUCUGUUUCAGCAGUCAUAGCUUUAGCUUUUCAACUCCUUUCGGACCAUCCUUCUGUAUUACAAGAAUUAACUGCUGAGCAAGAUGCGGUCUUUAGAAGGAAAAAGGAUCCAAAUUCACCACUCACAUGGGAUGACUAUAAAUCAAUGACCUUUACUCUUCAAGUUAUCAAUGAAACUCUAAGGCUAGGAAAUGUGGCGCCAGGAUUAUUAAGGAAAGUACUCAAAGACAUUGAAGUAAAAGGAAAAGGAUUUACAAUUCCAGCAGGUUGGACAAUUAUGGUUGUCACUUCGGCUCUUCAGAUGAAUCCUGACACCUAUAAGAAUCCUCUUGAGUUCAAUCCAUGGCGUUGGAAGGAAAUGGAUUCAGAUGUUAUAUCGAAGAAUUUCUCGCCCUUCGGUGGAGGAACAAGACAAUGUGCAGGAGCUGAAUUUAGUAGAGCGUUCAUGUGCAUUUUCUUCCAUGUCUUGCUCACCAAAUAUAGGUGGACAAAGAUCAAAGGGGCAACAAUUUCUCGAAAUCCUAUUUUAGGAUUUGGAAAAGGCAUUCACAUUAGGUUCGCGCAGCAAUACGUAAAUUAAAGCAAAUAAGAGAUGCAUAUUAAUUUCCUAUAUUAAUUAAUAUACUAUAUAGAAACAAUUAAGUAAUAAGGAUUAUAUGGAUGCACUGGGACAUAAUAAUUUUGAAUAUAUAUUCAUCGCAUGUGUGGAACAUACAUUUGUAUUUUAAUAAAAUCAGGAUAUUCUGAUUGUU